AGAGCCGCUUGAGGAUCCACUGCCUCCUGCUCGUUCCCGGCUCUCACUCAGUCCACUGCGGUAACAAAGGAGACACCGAGGGGGAUGAUGGGAGCGCACACGAGGGUUCUGUCAGAGCAGCGAUAGCACACCGGACCUGGGGCUGUAUUUGACGGAGAAACAGCUGUAGUUUGUGUUUGUUUUGCCUGUUCACGUUCACCUUCCUGAGGCUGACGUCAGAGGUUCCCAGGGGCCACACUUGUGUCUCCUCUGUGAUCCAAACACAGGGUUUUCUCGGAGCUAACGAUGCUGAUCUGCUAAAAUCACACACGGAUGAGAUAUUUGGACAGAUCUGAAUGAUUUUGACGUAAUCAUGUCUGAAGUGACCCCAGCCUGACCCCUCGUGUGGUCAGAGCAGCAGGUCAACGCAUCGCUGAACACGCCUGACCAUGUCCACCGUGGAUACGUGCCCCCGACCCCCCUCGCCCCGCCCGGAGACCCGCCCGAAGCCCCUGCGCCCCGACUCCCCUCCGCUGGGGGAGAGGGGCGCCCCCGUGAGGCGCUCUGGGGGAGUGGUCAAGAGCAUGGUGACCAAAUUCAGCAAACAGGACGAAGCCCCGAGCGCCGCGGUCUCCAAGAAGACGACGGGUAGAGCCGAGCCCAUCUACAGACGCAUCUCCAGGGCGCCCACGGUCAAACCCAAACCGGGACGGCUCAGUCUGCCGCUCCUGCCCCCGCCCCUGCCCAUGAAGAGAAACAAAGUCCUCAGAAAACAACAAAGUCUGACGGGAAACGAGGUGGAGAGCGGCUCUGCGGAACGGGGACGAUCAGACCCUGAUGGUAAAGAGGUGGAGCCACGAGCGUUUAAAGGCGGAGACGACGACUCGGAGCACGGCGUGGACGUCCUGGUCAGUCCCUGCGCUGACCCCUGCUGUACCUGCGUGUGCCACCUGCAGCGGCCCGGCAUGAUGCUCGUGUGGGUCCCUAUAGACUCAGGGAAAGAGGAGGAACACGAGGAAGAGGAGCCAGACAUGGAGAACGGAGCUGAGGACACGGAGGAGGAGGUGGAGGAGGUGGAGGAGGAGGAAGAGGAGGUUCACCAAGAGGACGAGAGUUACACCGAAGAAGAAGAAGAAGAAGUGGACGGGUUUCACGAUGAGCCUGAGGUUUUCAAAAACAACAAAGCAGCGUUCCAGCAGAGUCUGAACGUGCUGAUCAGUGAGGGCCACAGGAGGCGCUCUGACCCGGGACCGCACGCCAUUUUCAGCACUUUGGCAGAACUCCGAGCCGCGUCUCCUCCGAUUCCUCCCAAACGCACACACUCCCCUUCCAGCAUCCAGACAAACGCUCGGAUCGAUGAGGAGGAGAACGUUUACGAGGUCAAACUCCCCGUGGUCGACCGCAAACACAGCACGACCGAAUGCAAAGAGCUGGACAUCCCUUUGAUCCGAGUCCGAAAACCAUAUCGGAGCUCGAAACUGUCGUACAGCACCUCGGACCCGACGUCGGAGUUUCAGACAGACUUUGGUCCGAGCCCGGAGGACGUUCCCCCGGCGAUCCCUCCCCGUAUGCCCAUCGCGCCCGAGACCCAGAGCCUCGCGCGGCUGCUCCGAGGAGGCUUCCAGCAGCAGCCCCCGGUGGAAGACGCACCGCCGUUCCUACUGCCCCCUAGAGGCACAAGUCCGCAAAACGUCACCACCACCACUCCUCCCAGAAGCCCCUUAGUCCCUCACAGACCUCCACCGCCACCGCCCAAGUCUGAGCCGCGGAGAAUGAGCACUGCCUCCGUGAUGUCGCUCCCGGUUCCUCUGAGAAAAGAAGAAGAACAAAAUGAGAAGCACGAGGAGGAACGUGAGGACGCAGUGGAAGUGCCGCGUCCGGUUCGAACCCUGUCUCUAAGAGUAAAAGGAGCUUCAAUGGACAGACUACAGGAGUUCAAACAGAAAGAAGAGCCGUUGUACCAGACGUACCGCGACAGCGUCAUCAUCAAAGAGAUCAAGAGGCAGACCGUUUGCCGAAACAUUAGCAAAGCCAGCGCGGACUUCGCCGUGGAAGCGGGCGCCCGUCGACCUACGAACAGCAGGUCCAGCCCGGUGCCCGCCGGGGCCCAGAGCACGCUGUGGCAAGACCUGCAGGCCGUACGGGACAGCGGCGCCUUGGAGCAGCUCGGCCCCGAGAAGUGUAAAUACCAAGAGAGCAUGUUUGAGGUGUUGACGUCGGAGACUUCGUACCUUCGUUCUCUCCGUGUUUUGACUGAACAUUUCUUGGAGAAUCGUGAGCUGGAGGAGACGAUGAUCAUCAGGGACAAGAAGGUUCUGUUCUCCAACAUCCUGAGGAUCCGAGAGGUCAGCGAGAGGUUCCUGAAGGAUUUGGAGGAUCGUAUAUUUGAGCAGAUCGUUUUCUCCGACGUCUGUGACAUCAUUCAUUACCACGCGCAGCACAACUUCCCCGCCUACGUCGACUACGUCCGCAACCAGAUCUUCCAGGAGAAAACCUACAGUAACCUCAUAAAGAACAACGCUCCGUUUGCAGCCGUCAUCACUCGCCUGCAGGAGUCGCCGCAGUGUCAGCGUCUGCCGUUUGUGUCCUUCCUCCUGCUGCCCUUCCAGAGGAUCACACGGCUCAAAAUGCUCAUCGAGAACAUCCUGAAAAGAACCAAGGAGAAGACGACGGAGGAGGAGACGGCCUCUAAAGCUCUGGCCUCCGUGUCAAAGAUAAUCGACGAGUGCAACACCGAAGUGGGUAAAAUGAAACAAACGGAGGAGCUGAUCCACAUCUCCCAGACCCUCGAGUUUGAGAAGCUGAAGGCCGUUCCCAUCAUCUCCCCCACGCGGCGUCUGGAGAAGAAGGGAGAGCUCCAGGAAAUGUCCAAAGGAGCGACUCUGUUCAACAUGAGGCCGAAGUUCACGCCCAUCUACCUGUUCCUCUUCAACGACCUGCUCCUCAUCACGGCGAAAAAGAGCUCGGAGCGCUUCGUGGUGAUGGAUUACGCUCAUCGCUCGUUGGUGCAGGUCCAAGGGCUGGAAGACGCCGGCAGCAACAGCGCCAUCUAUGAAAACUGUUUUACUCUCAUUCUACUGGAGAACCACCAGAAACGCCUGAUGGAGCGGCUGCUGAAGGCGCCGACGCGUUCAGACAUGGAGCGGUGGAUGGCGGCUUUCCCCAGCCCCACAAAACCAGACGUGGACGACAGUGAAGUGGUGUACGAGGACUGGGACUGUCCUCAGGUCCAGUGUGUAGAACAGUACACGGCGCAGCAGGCGGACGAGAUCUCCCUGGAGCCCACAGAGAUCAUCAAUGUGGUGAAAAAAGGCAGCGAAGGCAUGUACCAAGGGAUCCGCCUCUCCGACGGUCAGAAAGGCUGGUUCCCUGUGGAAAACGUCAUCGAGAUCACCAACGAGCACGUGCGGAGGCGGAACCUGCGGGAGCGCUACAGAGUCAUGCAAGCGGCGAGCAACUUCACCAGCGGCAAGAGUCGGACCGCGAACUGAAGCGGCUGAGGCUCCUGAACGCGGAACAAACGCUACACUUUCACCGGAGCCAGAGUUUCUAUCGGGAACUGAAACGCGACGAAAAGAGAAGGUGCCAUUUUGAAACAGACGGGGCAUAAAUAAAACUGAAACUCUUCAAAAAACGAGACCGAGAAGCAAAACAGGACGAACUGAAGGCUCAAAUUUGAAUAUUAAGGAUAAUCCCAGACUUAAAGGUGAAGUACGUCACUUUUUGGUCUCCAUGGAGAUGUCAUUAUACCACGCAACCACCCAACGCAAAAGUAGUUCCGGCAGCGGUUGAAUCACGUUACCAUAGCAACAGGUAAAGAAAUGAAAUAAUGCUGAUAUUUUACGACAUUUACAGACGGUGAACAGGAUUUUCACGUUCACGGGGGGAGACGUUUCAGUUUGUGGUCGCGGUGACAGCGACUUAAACGACGAGGAGCCGUGUUUUCUGCACGUCGUGGUGUUCUGCGACGCCGCUCUGUGCGUUAAAACUGCAGAAAACACGGCUCCUCGUUUAACGCUCACGUACUUUUUACUUUUUGAAUGGGACUGAAAGGAAAGUAUUUUUAUUAUUGCGUGAGACGAGGUGAAAAGGCCGAGGGUUUAGUUUUACACGUUCGUGAUUUGAGCAAAACAAAAUGUACAGCUAGAAAAAAAAUUAAUAAAUCAGUUGUUUCUGUUGAACAAAAUUCUGCACAAAUCUUAAUCAAAAUCACCACAUUUGAAGCUUUAAAAGACUCAAAACCUGCACUAAAUACUUUUACUUUUUACUCUUUAAGUACAUUUUUAAACGGGUACUAAUAUUUUUACUUAAGUCGAUUUUUUUUCACAUGAUACUUUGACUUUUCGUUGCAGUAUCUGUACUUUUACUUCACAAAAUUGAGUACUUUUUCCACCACGGCGUAUUCCACAGAUGGACUGCACAGAACUGCUUUAUUUUGGAUGGAUUUGACCCAGUUUCACCUGAAAGAGAAACAGAAAUCUUGUAUAAAUCAAACACUAACCUGCACGUGUAACUCAGGAUCAUAUUACUAGAAAUCAAACUAGUUGUUUCAUCAGGUUUUGUGGAACAGCGCCCUCUGCUGUUUGCUGUUGUAAUGUGUAAAUGUUGUAAAUACUCCAAAGUAGUAGUGUUUUUAAUAAAAAUGCUGUUUUUUUUUU